AUGAAGGUUGCUCCGAAAGUAAUACUACUGUUCAACGACGCCGACGGCCUCGGCUCCGCCUUAUACGGCGCUCUCCGGCCAAACUCUGGAUCUAAUCUCCAAAUCCUUAAUAAUUCUUUUGAGCUUUCAUUGGAGCGCUAUGGAGUCAAAGACCGCGAGGCGUCUGGCCAAAUUCUGCACUUUGUAAAUGCCAAUGGCCUCUAUGAGGUGUCCAUCUUGCUCCUUCAGAAUUAUGAGCCUCCAAUUUUAGCUUGUGCUCUUAAUGAAGUUCUGAUUUCAUUAGCAGGAGCUGAUUUAUCUACCAUGCCUACACUUGUAGUUCCUUUCAUCGUUCCUGAGUCUAAGCUUAAGUUAGAAAAUAGAUAUUUUGUGACUAGUGAAAAGGUUUCAGUUUAUGGCAUGAAAUUAGGCCCAACAACUGAUGUCACUCAGGGCUUGAGCUCCACAUUGCAAAAACCAUCACCAUCAAUGAAGAUUAAUCAUGAAGAUCUUUCUUGCCUGCUUCAUUUGGUCAAUGUCAUCAAGGUUCCUACUCUUGUGCUGAUUGGUCGAAGCAGUCAGCGCUUACUCCGCAAAUCCUACGAAGAGGAGCUUGAGGUAAUAUAUGCAAUAGGAGAGCAUUUGGCAAGCAUUUCGUCUCUUAGUUUCGCAAAGGAAAAGAUGGCAUGGAAACCAACCGAGACUUCAAGGGAUGCAGAAGAGCCAUGGCGUGCAUUGUAUGGAUGA